AUGGCGCAACUAUCAAUCGUCUCUGCUGGUAUGAGUUCAGAAAGGCCUGUGGACAACGAAGCCCUGCUCGGACAACAUCAUGAGAACUUGCCAGUGCCGAACAAAAGCAAAGACCAUGGUAUCUCAUUGCUUACUGGGACCGGCUUCCUGUUCCUGACUUUCAACUCGGGCAUGGCGGUUUACCGCUCAAAUAGAGACUUUGGAGCCAUCGCCUUCCGUGGCUUUCUCCUACCUGGACCUUGUCUUGCUUUUCUACUGCCUCAUGUGGUACGAGAGAGACAACCCCAGAGUCGCCUCGCCCGUGAACACCUCAAGAUGGCGGUGUGGCUGCUCACCACAAUGCUUACCGCUGCCUUCUCAUACAAGGUGGCGGCAAUCAUGCCGCUCCCGGUGCAGGUGCUUGUAUGGGCCAUGGCCGGGCGCGACAGUGCUGGGUGGCUUCUACGCUUCUUCCUGCACCGGGAGGAAACUAAGGCAUAA